AUGAAGUUGAUAAUUUUGCUGAUAACAAUUGCAUUCUCAAAUAAAAUACUGGAUACCAUAGUAGGCCGACAAACCAGAAUACGACCUACAUAUUACGCAUAUGUUGUCAUGUCAUACAACCCCUCCGAUGACGCUUUUAUAUCCUCAAGGAAUGCUAAAUCAAGACUGACGGAGUUAAAAAUUAAUAGAGAUGGCCAUCGCUAUAUUUUUGGAUCCGGAGAUUCAUGGCUAUGUGUAAAACACGGUGACUUGAAAAAAUGCAAAGACCCAACACCCUUUGAUAUUGAAACCACAGUUAUAGGUUUUAGAAUAAAAAGCGGAACAAAGUGUCUAACCUUAGGCAAGACAUAUAGAUUUGAAGGGUGUCGUAAGAAAAAUAAAAAACAGGACUUUGUUUUAGAAGUAGAUGAAAAGCUGGUGUGCAACGAUAUGUUCGUCGACAUUUUAGGUGAGAAGUAUGAUUUGAGAAAAACAAUUGAUAUGAAGGCAGCAGACCAGAAAAAGUUUGAUGAGGCAAUGAAAAAACUAAAGGGUGUCAGUCCAAAAACCAAAAAUUCAUUACGAAAGAUCUGGAAAUCAAGAAGAUAUAAGUGGCCUAAAUGGGGUCUGUGCUAA